GAUCCGAGUCCAUUACUCAAAAACGUAUUCAAUAUUCAUCUCCUCCAAACAGCUAGUUCUAAACAAACUCAGUGAGGCAAAACAACAAACACAUGGCGGGCAGACUAGUAAGAAGAGUAGUCCACUUCCCCAACCUCCCAAUCAAACUCCUUAUGCCAAAAACCUUCGACAACAUCCAAGAAAUAGCCUUAAAAACCAUCCCUUCAGCUACCAAAAUCGAAAUUAAACGCCUACUCGAAUCCCUAUACGGAUUCGAAGUCGACAAGGUCCGCACACUUAACAUGGAAGGCAAGAAGAAAAAACGAGGUGGCUUACUUAUAGCAAAGCCAGAUUAUAAAAAAGCCUACGUUACUUUGAAAAACCCGCUCUCGAUUUCGCCUGAUCUGUACCCGCUUCGGGUUAUCGAAGACGAAAAAGAGCGGAUGAAUAAGGCGAGGGAGUCGAGUAUUGUUGAUGAUGGUGAAGGGAGAAGGCAUUGGCUUGAUGAUAGACAGAGGUAUAAGGAGGAGACAUUUGGGAAGCAGAAGAGAAAUUCUCGAGACGGCCGUCGCGGUUUUAAUGGUAAUGGUGGGGGUGAUGGUAAUGCUGAUGUGAAGUUUCCAUGGACUAGCAUGAGGAAUACUUCUAGGUAGUGGUUUUUGUUAAUUUUUUUAAGUUUUGGUUGUUAUGAAUUUGUCUGGAUGUUUAAAUUUUGUUUGGUGAAUUCAGUGUUUCGUGUUGAAUUGUUUUAGUUAGUAAUGUUUAGACUAUGAAAAAGUAUUCAGCUGUCACUUGUUUCGGAAAAAUAAUCGAGUUCUUGGAAAAGCAUAAAAUGUAUUAUAGUUGUUGAACCCUGAAUGUAUGUUGUUAGUUGCUAAUCCUACUUGCUGUGUUUCUGA